AUAGAUAAUAGAACCUGACAGUUUGCGGCAGUUUGUGUGUUUUGUGUAACGUUGUGUUAAUUAAUUGGUUAAAAUUACUGAAUUUUCUGUAAAUUAAAGUUUUCAACAUGUACGAACAAGAUGACGACCAAUUUGACGAUGAAGAUGCCGCAGAAAUUAGUUCUGAAUUAUGGCAAGAAGCUUGUUGGAUUGUUAUUAACGCGUAUUUUGACGAAAAAGGCCUUGUACGACAACAGCUGGACAGUUUCGAUGAAUUCAUUCAGAUGUCAGUUCAAAGGAUAGUGGAGGAUUCGCCCCAAAUAGAAUUGCAAGCAGAGGCUCAACAUACCAGUGGUGAAAUUGAAAACCCGCCUAGAUAUUUUCUUAAGUUUGAACAAAUCUAUUUAUCGAAGCCUACACAUUGGGAAAAAGAUGGAGCCCCCUCACCUAUGAUGCCAAAUGAAGCAAGAUUAAGAAAUUUGACUUAUUCUGCACCCUUAUAUGUAGAUAUAACUAAAACAAUUAUAAAAGAUGGAGAGGAUCCUACUGAAACACAACAUCAGAAAACCUUUAUAGGAAAGAUCCCAAUUAUGUUAAGGUCUACAUACUGUCUACUAAAUGGCUUAAGUGACCGUGAUCUAACAGAAUUAAAUGAAUGCCCUUUAGAUCCUGGAGGUUAUUUCAUUAUAAAUGGUUCUGAAAAAGUACUUAUAGCCCAGGAGAAGAUGGCCACAAACACAGUAUACGUUUUUGCCAUGAAAGACAGCAAAUAUGCAUACAAGGCUGAAAUCAGGUCUUGCUUAGAACACAGUUCACGUCCUACAUCCACAUUGUGGGUCAACAUGAUGGCCAGAGGAGGUCAGGCCAUUAAAAAAGCAGCAAUUGGCCAACGUAUUAUUGCCAUUGUGCCAUACAUCAAGCAAGAAAUCCCUAUUAUGGUUGUCUUUAGAGCCCUAGGGUUUGUAGCUGAUCGAGACAUUCUUGAGCAUAUCAUUUAUGAUUUUGAAGACCCAGAAAUGAUGGAAAUGGUAAAGCCUUCUCUUGAUGAAGCAUUUGUGGUCCAAGAACAAAACGUCGCUCUUAAUUUUAUCGGAUCUCGAGGUGCUAGACCUGGGGUCACCAAAGACAAACGUAUUAAAUACGCCAGAGAAAUUCUACAGAAGGAAAUGCUGCCCCACGUCGGUGUCUCUGACUUUUGCGAAACGAAAAAGGCUUACUUUUUGGGGUACAUGGUACACAGACUUCUAUUGGCUGCUCUAGGGCGAAGAGAAUUAGAUGACAGGGAUCAUUAUGGAAACAAAAGGCUUGAUCUGGCAGGACCAUUACUUGCCUUCUUAUUUAGAGGCCUGUUCAAAAACCUCAUGAAAGAGGUGAGAAUGUACGCGCAGAAAUUCAUCGAUCGUGGUAAAGAUUUCAACCUCGAUUUGGCCAUAAAAACCAAACUUAUUACCGACGGUCUCAGAUAUUCUUUAGCUACUGGCAAUUGGGGUGAUCAGAAGAAAGCUCAUCAGGCCAGAGCUGGGGUGUCCCAAGUAUUGAACAGACUCACUUUUGCCUCGACUCUAUCCCAUUUACGAAGAGUUAACUCGCCAAUUGGUAGAGAUGGCAAACUUGCCAAACCUCGACAGUUACACAACACUUUAUGGGGGAUGAUAUGCCCUGCUGAAACGCCCGAAGGAGCAGCCGUAGGACUCGUCAAAAAUUUGGCCUUAAUGGCGUACAUUUCUGUUGGUUCCCAACCCUCGCCCAUUCUGGAGUUCUUGGAGGAAUGGUCUAUGGAAAAUUUGGAAGAAAUCGCCCCAUCAGCUAUUGCAGACGCCACAAAAAUAUUCGUCAAUGGAUGCUGGGUGGGUAUCCACAGAGACCCUGAACAACUCAUGUCCACUUUACGAAAACUGAGACGUCAAAUGGACAUCAUUGUAUCCGAAGUAUCGAUGAUUCGUGAUAUUCGCGAUCGUGAGAUACGAAUUUACACAGACGCAGGACGAAUUUGCAGGCCGUUGCUCAUUGUCGAAAACGGCCAGUUGUUACUUAAAAAGAAACAUAUCGAUAUGCUGAAAGAACGAGACUACACUAAUUAUGGUUGGCAAGUAUUGGUUGCUUCAGGUGUAGUGGAAUACAUCGAUACUCUUGAAGAAGAAACUGUGAUGAUAGCAAUGUCCCCAGAAGAUCUUAGACAAGAAAAAGAGUAUGCAUAUUGUACCACAUACACCCAUUGUGAAAUUCACCCUGCCAUGAUUCUUGGCGUUUGUGCUUCGAUCAUUCCAUUUCCUGAUCACAAUCAGAGUCCCAGAAACACUUAUCAGAGUGCUAUGGGUAAACAAGCCAUGGGAGUUUACAUCACCAAUUUCCACGUACGUAUGGACACUCUCGCACAUGUCUUAUAUUACCCCCAUAAACCACUUGUAACUACUCGUUCUAUGGAAUAUUUGAGAUUCAGAGAAUUACCUGCUGGAAUCAACAGUAUCGUAGCUAUUGCCUGUUACACUGGUUAUAAUCAAGAAGAUUCCGUCAUCUUGAAUGCAUCUGCCGUUGAAAGGGGCUUUUUUAGAUCGGUAUUCUACCGAUCAUACAAAGACGCUGAAUGUAAACGUAUUGGAGAUCAAGAAGAGCAGUUUGAGAAACCGACAAGACAAACCUGCCAAGGGAUGAGAAAUGCCCUGUAUGACAAACUAGACGAUGAUGGCAUCAUAUCACCGGGAAUUCGAGUGUCAGGAGACGACGUUGUUAUUGGAAAAACGAUAACCCUCCCAGAAAAUGACGACGAGCUUGAAGGUACCACUAAAAGAUUCACGAAACGGGACGCCUCUACGUUCCUACGAAACAGCGAAACAGGCGUAGUCGAUCAAGUCAUGUUAACCCUAAACGCCGAAGGUUAUAAAUUCUGCAAGAUAAGGGUCAGGUCUGUUAGGAUUCCUCAAAUAGGGGACAAGUUUGCCUCUCGGCAUGGACAGAAAGGAACCUGUGGAAUACAGUACAGACAGGAGGACAUGCCAUUUACGUGUGAGGGCCUGACUCCUGAUAUAAUUAUCAACCCCCACGCUAUCCCAUCUCGUAUGACUAUUGGUCACUUGAUUGAGUGCAUUCAAGGUAAAGUAUCGGCAAAUAAGGGCGAAAUCGGCGACGCGACCCCCUUCAAUGACGCCGUUAACGUACAAAAGAUCUCAACUUUGCUCCAAGAAUAUGGGUAUCACUUGAGAGGAAACGAAGUGAUGUACAAUGGUCACACAGGGCGUAAAAUUAACGCCCAAAUCUUCUUGGGACCGACUUAUUAUCAACGUUUGAAGCACAUGGUGGAUGAUAAAAUCCAUUCAAGAGCUAGAGGACCGGUUCAGAUUUUGGUAAGACAGCCUAUGGAAGGUAGGGCUAGGGACGGAGGUUUGCGUUUUGGGGAGAUGGAACGGGAUUGUCAAAUUUCGCAUGGAGCAGCGCAAUUCCUAAGGGAGAGAUUGUUUGAAGUAUCAGAUCCAUACAGGGUACACGUUUGUAACUUUUGCGGACUUAUAGCUAUCGCCAAUUUAAGAAACAACACGUUUGAGUGCAAAGGCUGCAAGAAUAAAACGCAAAUAUCACAAAUAAGGUUGCCCUAUGCUGCCAAAUUACUGUUCCAAGAAUUAAUGUCAAUGAAUAUUGCACCUAGGUUGAUGGUAGUUUAAGUAUUAAUAGAUUUACUAUUCUCAUACUUCUGUUAUUGUAAAUAAGCUAUAAUUUAAUAAAUAAUGAAACGAA